AUGAAAGCCGUACAUAAAGGUGCUCGCACCAAGAAUAUGGACAAGCUCAUAGCGGCUGUCCAAGCUAGAGAGUGUUUAUGGGACAAGAGUUAUAGAGGACACCGCAAUCGGUUUAAAUUAGAGCGAUAUUGGAAUGAAGUAGCAGCCGAAGUGGGCACGACCAGUCUGAAUUGCAGAAAAAAAUGGAAGAAUCUCAAAGAUCAAUGUCGGAAGGAAAUGAAAAAGAACCCCACGGAUUCAGAAUGGCCACAUUUCCAAAAAUUAAAGUUUAUUCAUCACCAAUUCUUGGCAGAGGAUGAAGAAGGCGAUGAUGACACUACCGACGAAGUUUUCAAUGCACUUGACGAUUCAAUCAAAAGGCCCAAGUUAGGGUACACGUUGAGAAAGAAACUGUUGAUGAAUAAAAGGAGAACCAUAGAUGUUGAUAUGAGUAAACUAAUUGAAUUAGUGAGAGUAAGAGAAAUUAUUUGGAAUCGACAACUGAAAGGUCACCACAAUUGGUACAAGCUAGAUGAAAGCUGGAAAGAAAUUGCACAAGAAUUGGAUGUGACACGUGAUGAAGCCAGACUUAAAUGGAAGUACCUAAGAGACCAAGCGAGAAAGGAAGUUAGAAAACAAGGAGAAUCAGAAUGGGAAUAUCUCCCGAAGCUUCAGUUCCUCACCAACCAAUUCAAUGAUUAUGAAAGUAAUGAAGCUCAAGAUGAUCACUACACUCCAGACGAUAAUGAUCAGGAUCACGAGCCCGAUCACUUUGACGCUGAUCAGAGCAGCAGCUACUACAUCGAACAGCCUCACGAAGUCAGCGUCAAAGAAGAUGAAUUUGAUGAGUUUGACACCAAACCUAUAAUAAUGGAGACUGACUUCUACGACGAUGAUGAUGAGGCUCAGAAGAGUGCCACAGGGGAAGGCUCUGAGACCACAAAAGAUGAGGACAUUGGUUUCUUCAAUAGCCUUCUCCCUCACGUUAAAAAAUUAGGACCAGCUAAGAAGUUAAUGCUGCGAAUGAAGAUUCAAGAGCUGGUUUAUAAUACUGUCUAUAACGAGUAA